AUGAUGGACGCUUCCUUCUGUGUGGGACGACCGUCCUGGAUGGCGGACAGGAGAAGGAUGAAGACUAGCUCAGGUUUCCAGUGGCUCCUGUCAUCCUUUGUCCUUCUGUAUGUAGUGAACCAAGUAAACAGCCAGAAGAAGGGGGCUCCCCAUGAUCUGACUUGCACAACGAGCAACUUGAGAAUGUGGGACUGUUCCUGGAAGGCCCCGGCUGGUCAUGGUGCGCUCUAUGAAGUGUGUGUUGUGAACAGGUUCAAUUCUUGUUAUCCAUCGGUGAAAACCAGUAUUAAAAUCCCAGCUCUUUCACCUGGUGAUCAUGAAGUAACCAUAAAUCCUCUCCGUGACGUUAGAAGUUCUAUAAGUAAAUUUGUACUGAAUGAAGAAAACAUUUCCUUUAUUCCAGAUGCUCCAGAGAUCUUGAACUUGUCUGCUGAUUUUUCAACGUCUACGAUACACAUAAAGUGGAAUGACAAGGGGUCUCUUUUUCCUCAUCACUCGAAUGUCGUCUGGCAAUUUAAAAUUCUGCAUAAGGAGAGGAUGGACAUCAUAACGCUAGUGACCCACAACACAACGCUGAAUGGUAAAGACACAGUCCAUCACUGGAGUUGGACCUCAGACCUACCCCUGGAAUGUGCCACUCACUCUGUGAGAAUGAGAUGCUAUGUUGAUGAUCCUCACUUCUCUGGCCACAAGGAGUGGAGUAACUGGACCCCACCGAAGAACAUUUCUUGGUCACCUGAACCUCAGCCUAAGGCGCUUCCCCUAGACAGAGUACUACUUGUUGGUUCAGAUAUAACAAUUUGUUGUGUGACUCGAGAAAAAAUCGUGUCGGCAUUAGUCGGCAACAAGCCGUAUCCCCUCAUCCAUCUGGAGGGAGAAAACAUUGCAAUCAAGAUCCAUGAUAUUUCACCUUCUGAUAGUAGUGGAACAAAUGUGGUUUUCGUGACAGAGACCACCAACAUGUGUGGAACAGUGUUUUUUGCAGGAUAUCCACCUGAUAUUCCUCAAAAUCUAAGUUGUGAAACACAUGAUUUAAAGGAGAUUCUAUGCACUUGGAGCCCAGGAAGAGUGACCAAAUUGGUGGGUCCACGUGAUACAAGUUACACGUUAUUAGAGAGUUUUUCAGGAAAAAAUGCUACAUUUAAAAGAGCUGAAGAUCCCCAAAAUGGAAGCUAUCAGUUGUUCUUUCAAAUUAUUCCAAGUCAGGAAAUAUACAAUUUUACUUUGCAUGCUCGCAAUCCUUUGGGCCAAUCAGAAUCAACAGUUUUACUCAACAUAACUGAAAGAGUUCAUCCCCAUACACCUACUUCAUUCAAAGUGAAGGACAUUAAUUCAACAGCUGUUACUCUUUCUUGGCACUUAUCAGGCAACUUUGCUAAGAGCAAUCUUUUAUGUCAAAUUGAAAUUAAUAGAAGUAAUUCCGUACAAGAAUUGUUGAAUGUCACAGUCAGAGGAGCCGAAAAUUCAAGCUAUCUUGUUGAGGUGGGCAAGCUAAAUCCAUAUACUAAUUAUACUUUUCGGAUUCGUUGUGCUGGUGAAUCUUUUUGGAAAUGGAGCAGCUGGACCACUGGGGAACGACAUCUGACCAUAGAAGCCGUUCCUUCAAAGGGACCAGAUACUUGGAGAGAGUGGAGUUCUGACGGAAAAAAUUUGAUAAUCUAUUGGAAGCCUUUACCUAUUAAUGAAGCCAAUGGAAGGAUUCUUUCCUACAAUGUAUCAUACUCAUCAGAGGAGGAAACCCAGUCCCUUUCCGAGAUUUCUGAUCGUCAACACAAAGCAGAAUUACAACUUGAUAGAAAUGAUUAUAUCAUCAGCGUGGUGGCCAAAAAUUCAGUGGGCUCCUCUCCACCUUCACGGAUAGCUAGUAUGGAACUUCCACACGAUAAACUCAAGACAGAGCAAGCUGUUGGAAUUGGCAAUGAGAUAUUCCUCUCUUGGGAUUAUGAUCCCAACAUGACUUGUGACUACGUUAUUAAGUGGUGUAACUCGUCUGGGCCUGGACCCUGCCUGAUGGACUGGAAGAAAGUUCCUUCAAACAGCACAGAAGCUGUAAUAGAGUCUGAUCAGUUUCGGCCUGGUGUACGAUACAGUUUCUUCCUGUAUGGAUGCAAAAAUCAAGGAUAUCAGUUAUUACGUUCUGUAAUUGGAUAUAUAGAAGAAUUGGCUCCAGUGGUUGCACCAAAUUUUACUGUCGAGGAUACUUCUUCAGAUUCUAUAUUAGUCAAAUGGGAAGAUAUUCCUGUGGAAGAGCUUAGAGGCUUUUUAAGAGGAUAUUUAUUUUACUUUGGAAAAGGAGAGAGGGGCACAUCUAAGAUGAGAGGCUUGGAAUCAGGCCGCUCUGACGUAAAGAUAAAGAAUAUUACCGACCUCAAUCAGAAAACAUUGAGAAUUGCUGAUCUUCAAGGUAAAACCAGUUACCACCUCGUGCUGCGAGCCUACACAGAUGGUGGGAUAGGCCCCGAGAAGAGCAUGUACGUGGUGACAAAGGAAAACUCUGUGGGAUUAAUCAUCGCCAUUCUCAUCCCAGUGGCAGUGGCCAUCAUGGUUGGCGUGGUCACUAGCGUCCUCUGCUAUCGGAAGCGAGAAUGGAUUAAAGAAACCUUCUACCCUGAUAUUCCGAAUCCAGAAAAUUGUAAAGCACUACAGUUUCAGAAGAGUGUGUGUGAGGGAAACAGUGCUCUUAAAACAUUGGAAAUGAAUCCUUGCACCCCAAAUAAUGUCGAGGUCCUGGAAAGCCGGUCCGUGGUUCCUAAAAUAGAAGACACAGAGAUCGUCUCCCCGGUAACCGAGCAUCCUGAAGAAAGCUCGGAGGCAGACGCUGGAAACCCUGUGGUCGUGUCCUACUGCCCCCCGAUCAUCGAGGAGGGCGACGAAGCCGGAGGGGCGUCCCAGGUGGUUUACAUUGAUGUUCAGUCAAUGUACCAGCCGCAGGCCAAGCCCGAGGAGGAGCAGGAGAGCGAGCCCGCCGGGGGCUCAGGCUAUAAGCCACAAAUGCACCUCCCGGUGACCUCUGCUGUGGAAGAGGCGCCUGCAGACGAUGACCUAGAUAAAACUGCCGGCUACCGACCUCAGGCAAAUGUGAACACUUGGAAUUUAGUGUCGCCCGACUCGCCCAGGUCCACAGACAGCAACAGCGAGCUGGUCUCCUUUGGAAGCCCCUGCUCCAUCAACUCCCGGCAGUUCUUGAUUCCUCCCAAAGACGAAGACUCUCCCAAGUCCAGCGGAGGAGGCUGGUCCUUCACAAACUUUUUUCAGAACAAACCCAACGACUAA